AUGGCCGCCUCUUCCCUAGUCCUGGUCUCCCCACGUCCCCGCGACUCCCCCUUCCCCUUCUCCUCCUUCGCCAAGGUCCACGUCUCCCUCUCCACGCUCGAGCCCCUCUUCCACCUGCCCCAGGAGUCUGCCGCAAGGCGCCUGGGCGUCUCGCUCACCAGCCUCAAGGCCGCCUGCCGCAAGAUCGGCAUCAAGCGCUGGCCCUACCGCCGCUGGCCGGAAGCUGACCUAGAGGAUGACCUAGGAGCCCCUGCGCCAUCUCUGACCGCAGCCUCAUCUACCAACACUCUGGUCAUGGAGGCUGCAGUACCGUCUCCCCCCGUGCCGGACGAGACGACUACUACUGAAAGUACCCAUGACCUCACCGAGACCGAGCCGAGACGUGAACGAGCUGGGGGAGGACCUCCUGCGCCUGUAGCAGAGAGGGAUGACGGAUGGCUGGCUAGCGUGAACGAGCUGGGGGAGGACCAAGAGUGGUUGUCAUGGUACAUGGACUGCGACGCCAGUACCGCGCAUGAUAAGAGUGGGAUCGGAUCAAGCACAGCCAUGUGCAAGGUAGAGGGGGAGGAAGGAAAUGAUAUCCGAGAAGCUCGUUCAUACCUCAUGGGGCCUCCAUCCAUGCUACCCUACACCAUUCCAGUAGGGUACAAGAUCGAGGUGGCGACAAUCGCGGCGAGUACACGUAUGUCAGAGAUGCUGAGCUUGGAGGAUCUCAACAUGGAGUCGGAUGGAGAUGCUCUUUGA